AUGACUCUCCAUGCUACCGUAGCUCAUUUUAUCAGUUUCAGGUACCCCAAAAGUCGAACCUCCGCAAUAAUGAGCGGAAACUCGUCUACUCCACUAUUGCUCACGAUUACUGUAGCUCUAGCAGCACUGGCCGCCGUGUCUGCGGACUGCGGUUGCGGACCUCAGUGUGUCAACUACGCAGACGCUUCUCGCUGCACUCGCUGCUGUACGGCCACCGUAAAACGUUCCUUGUUCCUUCCGAAGGAAAAGCCACGACGCCAUCACUUCUUACUGCCUCCUGACGACAGCGGCGCCAUCAAGACCCCGAUGUGGCUGCAGAACUUUUCCGCAAGUCGACCCAAGUCUCACCGAACUCAUCGCCAUCGACAUGCAAGAAAACGCCGCGUGUCUCGCAGUCUUCAGCCCUUGUUGCUCACCAAUAUUCUGAAGCUGUUAGACGAUCACUAA